GUACUGGCCGGUAUCAACCAGAUACAGAACAUCGCGUACUUACGCACAUCUGUCACCUCGUAAACGUAAUUUACUUGUACUGGUAACUCAUACGGGAGCGUGCAAUUAUCGAAACCUGUGAAAAACAACAAAAUAUAGUGAUUAAAUGCAACCAAUCGAGUUUAAAUGUUUACCUUCGGAUAUAAAGAUCGAAAGUGGACAAAGUAGAAAGAUUUCUAAACGAAAACUAAAAAUAAAUUUGUGAAGAAGUGAAAAUGCAUCGUUUUCGAUAAAAUGAUACACACACAUAUAUAUUUAAAAUAAAAAAUUGUACGAUCGAUCGAUUGACAAAAUUUGCAAUGAAAUCAUGCGAAUUGUCGAGAAAGGAAGGAGGACUUGCAAGAGGAUGAAGAGCGCGUGUGCGUGCGACUUGGAGUUUGCAACGAAGAAACGAAUGCAACCAGUGUUAUACGGUCUUUUGUCGAGAGCAAAUCGAACACGUGGAAGAAUAAAAAUCGGCGAGAGUAGUGAUAAUCAAUAUCAUAGAUCGUCUUGAUUUUAACGAUAAAAAAAUUUUCGGGAUUGUAAGAGUAUCUUCAGGGAAAAAUUUUACCAUUAGCAAACGAUGAUAUACCGAAGGGUUACAGCUAUCGGUGCGUCCUUGAUCCUAACUUUCUUCAUGCUCUUCUUAAUUAUGUAUUACUUCAAUCAAAAUAACUGUCCAAUCGGUACAUUUCCUUGUCUGAAUAGUACAAUUUGCAAACCACAAAGUAGUUGGUGUAACGGAGUAAAGGAUUGUCCGUAUGAAGACGAUGAAUCAGCUGAGUUGUGUAUCGAUUUAAACGAAGAUUGGAGUUGGUUCUUGAAACAGGAUAAACUUGGAAAGAAUCAGGAUAAAGAUUGUGAGAUCGUGAACGUUCCCAUAGGAUGUAUUUACAAUCAAUGUCAUGCGACUUGCAAAGGAUAUAAAGAAAUCCCACGGAAUUUGUCGUCGGGAAUCAAUCAAUUAAUUUUAACUAACAAUUCCAUAAGAAGUAUUCCAGCCAAUGCACUUACGAGAUAUACACAGCUACAUUUGUUGUAUCUUGAUAAUAAUGAUAUAAACGAAAUAGAGGAAGAAGCCUUUGUAAAUCAAGCAAAUUUAAUUUGGCUUAUCCUAUCGGACAAUAAAUUAAACGUUCUCGAAGUUGGCGAUUUCGCUGGUCUAAUUAAUUUGGAAAUUCUCAAGGCCAAGGAUAAUCGAUUGGUGGCAGCUGAUUUAUCCGAUUUCGAAAAUAGUUCGGCUAUGGAUUUGAUAGACUUUCGUAAGAAUUUUUUAAACACAACCAACUUCGUGCUUCCACGAUUGCCGGUUUUAAGAGAAAUAAUGUUGAGUGAGAAUCAUUUCGAGAGCAUCACAGCGGACAUGUUUAAGGGUGUGCCUGCUUUACAAUCGUUGAACUUGGAACAUAAUCACAUAAAGACCAUUGAUGAGAAUGCUUUUAAGAAUCUAAAACAACUUCUUGAGCUUAAAUUGGCACAUAAUCACAUCAUAUCUUUGCAUUUGAACGUAUUUAAAGCCACGAUAAAUCUCACGAAACUAUUUAUCGGUUAUAACCCGAUCGAGGAUUUUUCUAUGGAUGUAUUGUUUCCUUUAAUGAAUCUACGAUCACUCGGCGUCCAGGAGAUUAAUAUGGACAAUCUAGACAAGGAUUCGUUCAACGUGUUUAACAAUUUGGACUUUAUAUACUUCAAAAAAUUUUAUUAUUGUAUGAUGUUUGCAUCGAAAGUACAAAAGUGUUCGCCAGCCAGUGACGGUCUUUCGUCGUUGUCACACUUGCUAGGCACGUCUAUGUUGAAGGGUGCAGUCUGGGGAAUAUCUUGCGUAACAUUCAUAGGCAAUGCUCUUGUACUUUGGGAACGAUUCACAGCGAAGGAUGAAAAUCGUGUUUUGAGUAUCCUGAUUAGAAAUCUAGCCGUGUCCGACAUGCUGAUGGGCGUAUACUUGUUCAUAAUCGCUCUGGUAGACUUGCAGUUCCGUGAUAACUACAAUAAGGAAGCUAGCUCAUGGAUGUCCUCUUGGGUGUGCACAUUUCUCGGAGUUUUAGCGAUGAUCUCGUCAGAAGUAUCAGUGCUUAUCCUAUCGUUUAUGUCCGUUGAACGAUUCGUGCUGAUUGCCGCACCGUUGAAAGGUCAUCAUGCUAUGAGGCCACUAACAGCAGCGGCAUCAAUGAUGUUUAUAUGGAUCACCGGUUUUAUACUCGCUGUUAUUCCAGUUAUUCUAUGGAGAAACAGCACUAGAUUUUACGGGGCAAAUGGUAUGUGUUUUCCUUUGCACAUAGACGAUCCUUACUCAAUCGGAUGGCAAUAUUCCGCAUUCAUAUUUUUAGGAGUUAACUUGUUGGGGCUGAUAACCAUCGGAUACGUUUAUGCUGGCAUGUUUGCAAGCAUUUGGAAAACUCGUCACGCAACCCCAUUAUCAAUUGGCGAUAUGGAAUUUGCUUUAAGAUUCUUCUUGAUCGUCUUAACGGACGCAACUUGUUGGGCACCGAUUAUCGUUCUGAAAAUCUUGGCCAUGAUGAAAUAUCCUGUAUCAGCGGAACUUCACGCCUGGAUCGUCGUAUUUAUACUUCCCGUAAACAGUGCUGUGAAUCCUCUCUUGUAUACUUUCACAACACCGAAAUUUCGUGAAAGAUUACUUUAUUUCAAUUGCUUGAAUAAAAUAAAAAAUUUCGUAUCGAAGGAACACUCGUCGCAAGAGUCUCAAAUGUCUGUUACAUUGAGCAGCAACAAUUUAAUGUUCUCGAUAUCGUCGGGUAAGAAGAACGAUCCUGAGAAGAUACCGCCAUCGUUGGUGAUAGUAGAAGAUGAUUGGAACGAUGAGAUUAUGCGGCAUAUCCUGAAAUAAUUUCGUUCUAUUUACCAUUUUUUUAGCAGAUCGUCCGUUACACGCUUAAUACCGUUUCAUCAUGAUCCGAUCUAAUGAGAUUUCGGCAAAAAUUAUAAUAAUAUCCAUGGUAGCUACGUCCUAUAAUAUAUCGUAGAAUGCAGCUUCUUAGAGUAUUAGAAAUAAAUCAGUAUACGCAUAUAGAGAUAUGCGCAUACAUAUAUAAAUAAAAUCUUGUCGAACAUUCAAUAGAAAACUCGAGCUCGUUUCAACCUGACCACGAGGAUAUCCGCCUACGUGGAGAUCGUGCUUUAUGCCGUUCAUAAAAUAUUCCAAACGAGGAUCGCGAAUGCAUUUGCGAAAUUUAUGGCACCGUCUCAGAUCUAUCGGCGAAUCGUGUUCGGCCUGGGACUCCGUUAGAAGCAAAAUAUACUUGCGAAUAUUGCCGCUGCCGUCGCCACCGCCACUUGUUAUAAGCCCCGUUCCUUUCCCCUUACCAUCUGUCCCACCUCCAUUUUCUUUUUCUCUUUUCUGCACAACUACAAGACUCAUUAUUUUUAUCGUUAUUGAGAGAAAGGAAAAUAUCUCUUUUUAAGUGUCGCCUCGAUGUAUGUCUCUAACUUUUCAACAUAAGAUAGAUUUAAUAUGUGUUUACACAAACAUAUAUAUAUAUAUAUAUAUAUAUAUAUAUAUAUAUCUUUUUCUCUGUGUAAACAUCGUAAAUUUAUUUCGUAUAUACUCAAAUAAAAUUUUGUUGCGUCCGUUUCUAUAAAUCUAACGAGUGGUUAUCUCGCAAAGUAGUUUUCCCUUUGAAAUUGAAUAAAAAUCGAAUCGAUAAGCAGGCAGCGUUGAUGAAAAAUUAUCGACAUAUUAUCGAAUAAUUGCCUAUCGAUUCCGUGCUAACGAGCCGGUUAAUUCCAUUAGUUCUUCAAGUAUAGAACUUCGGAUCGUUAAGUCCGAAGGUGUAACCCGCUGAAAGCGAUCGAAGCCGACGUGGCUGCCAUCGUAAAUCAUCGAAAGACGAUAGGAGAAAGAAAAAAAGAAAGAAAAAAACUAUGAAAACCAAAAAGGAAAAAAAAAGUUAGUCUUAAGAAUCAUCAUUCGAGUGACCAAUGGUUUCAAGGUAAUUUAUGGUGGGUGGAUAGCCAAUAAAAAAACGCCCGUUAAAAGCAUUGACAAUCGAAAUACCCUUUUCAAAGUAAUUUUCCAAUUCAAUGUGGCUGUAUGAUUAUAUAUAUAUAU